AUGUCCGCCUUAUCCCUUUAUACAGAUCGCCAAAAAGCUGCUGGGUCCGGAAGUCAGAUGCCACUCUAUGCGUUUGGUUCGAACGGCUCUGGUCAGUUAGGGAUCGGGCACUUGGAUGAUGUUCCAGUUCCUUCUCGGUGCCUCUUUGAGCAGGAGAACAAAGAAAAUAGUCCAAAAGACAUCGAUAUUGCCUGUAUAUCAGAUGAGCCCGUCCAAAUCGCCGCUGGGGGGAACCAUACUCUAGUUCUUUUCAAGUCCGGUGCUGUUUAUGCCGCUGGGUCUAACCAGAACGGCAGGUGUGCCCAUGAUCCCAAUAGAAUUACAUCAUUACUACAUUUCAGUAGAGUGGGUUUUGCUAGAGGGGACGGCAGUUGCGUUAAUCGCUUCAAGGCCAUUUUCGCAACAUGGGAGGCGUCCUUUUUUGUGGACGCUGAGCGGGGUCAUCUCUACGUCUGUGGAGUGGGCAAUAAGGGUGAACUGGGACUUGGGGAAAAUUAUGUAGAGGCCAAUAGCCCCACGCGGAUUCGCGAAUUUCCACCAACAGGGUUGGAAAUAACUUCCAUUUCCAGCAGUGUUUCGCAUACAGCGGCGACGCUCUCGAAUGGUGAAGUGUAUGGAUGGGGAAUUUCAAGGAAAGGUCAGCUUGGUGAAAAGAAUAUAAAGAAGAAAAUCUUAUGGGCACCGCAGAAGAUCGAGGAUGUCUCGUUCUUUGCUUGUCAGGUUGCUUGUGGGAGGGAAUUUACAGCUGUCGCGGGGGAUGCACGGACGGGAGAGUUUGCCAUUUUUGGACCCGAAAAGUGGGACAUACUGUCCGGUGCACCGAAGGAGAUUAAAUAUUACACUACCCUAGCAGCUAGUUGGCAUGGUGUAUAUGUCCACAAACAGGAUGGUUCUACCAUAUCGUGGGGCAGGAAUGAUCGCGGUCAGUUGCUUCCACCAAACCUCCCACGGCUUGUGAAGCUGGCUAUAGGGAGCGAGCAUGCCGUUGCUAUGAUCGAGGGCACAAAUAUUGUGGCAUUCGGAUGGGGUGAGCAUGGUAAUUGUGGACCAAACACUGAUGCACAAGGCAAUGUCGCUGGACGCUGGAAUGAGAUCCCGCUGAGUGCUGAGGGCAGCAACACAGUCACUGGUGUAGGAGCAGGCUGUGCGACAAGUUGGAUUAUGACGGCCUGA